AUGGAUGACCAGCAAAAUUACUCUUCAUGCGCCCAGGCAUGCAAGGCGCUCAUCUCUGCCGGGCUGGAGAGCCCAGAGGACAUGAGCCUCAUCAGCAAGCAGGAGUGCAGGCAGCUGCUGCAUGACAAGACCGCUGGCUUUCUGGUGGAUGAUGCACACCUCCUGCUCACGCACUACAAGGGUGACUUUGGGAAGCUUCGAGAUGCGGCCGGCCGCGACCCUGCCCAGGAGCGCCUGUUGCUGAAGAAGUUUAAAGGGAUAGGGGACGGCGGCGUUGACAUCUUCUUCCGCGAAGCACAGCUUGUCUGGGACGAGAUCUAUCCUUUUGCGGACAAGAAAGCGCUCAAGGCCGCACGCCUCGUGGGCUUUCGUGAGCACCCAAAGGUGCUCGCAGAGCUCUGCCAGAACGACAUCCCCACCUUUGUGCGCCUCGUGGCUGCACUGGUGCGGAUGGAACUCUCCAAGUCUUAUAAUGAUGUACAAUCUCAGGCCCAGCUGCGUCCUCCGCACUCGAUGCCGCAGUCAUAA